CAGAGGCUGCCAAUCAGUUUACGUCAAAAAGUUAAUGAUGCGUGACCGGGGGGAUUAUCACUCUCUCUUUCCACACAAGUUUGGAGCGCAGAGCAUAAAAAGUUCCACAUACGUGUAUUAUCCUUUCACAUGAUGCGAUCAGCGUGAACAGAGCCUUCAGGACAUUCAGACAGGACAUGGCAGGCAAACAGGUAUUCCAGAAGAGUGCAUGCAGCCCAGAUCAGCAUGACCAGCUGAGUGGGGAAGAAAUCAGCCGUCUACCACAGUAUCAUCCACACCUGCAGAAACACAUGGUGAAAGAAGUGAUGUCACCGUUUGCUCGGCAGCCAGGAUCUUACCUUAUACGGAGAAGUCAGAGCCUACAGGGAGCUUACACUGUGUCUGUGAUGCACACAGACCUUCAUCUUUACCACAUACCCAUCCUGCAGCAGGACAGGACAUAUGGUGUCACCCCUGACCAGGUCUUCCCUUCUAUGGCAGCCAUGUUGGACUAUUACUCCCACCAUGACAUCCCAGGGAGUAACGUUAAACACAUUCGGCUCAGAAAUCCUAUCUGUCAGCACCCUGUGCAGGCAGCAAGACAGGAGAGGGAGUUAGACUUUUCUGCAGAAAGGAAACCUUCCGAGCGUUAUGUGUCAAGACCAUUGGCUGGCGUGAAAGGCUCCCCAUUGCAGCAGAAGCAGCAGGGACUGCCAAGCCGACCCCAGAAGCCUCCAACAGAUGACAUGUUUGCAGAUCACCAUGACGUUCCCCAUGAUGCUAAGCCAAGGCAGCCCUCAACACUGAUGUCACAGGAUGAGGACGUGGACGGCGCCUGCAGUUGUGGUAUCCCCCACCAGAUGGCGCACCUACCACAUGGUUGGGAAGUCCACAGAGUCCAUCACAAGGAGGAUGCCAGCAAUUUUGGCAAACUUUUCUUCCACAACAGGACAACAGAGGAGACUUCGUGGACAUUGCCAUCCAGUGUUUCUUCUCAACUAACAGAAGAAAGUCGCAGAAAUUUGGAUCACCUUGAGUCUAAAGGGGGAGAAUUUUUUGAGAAUUCUGAAAAUGUUGACUGAACUCAUUUUUAUGUCAAAUCAAAUUGUUUUCAAAAUAACUUAUACUAAGUCACAAGCUAUUUUGCCUGUUAGCACAUUUAUAGGUGAGGCCGAACUUAAAAAAGAACCACAUCAAUCAGUCCUAAUUCACAUCUUAAUGGAUAACCACUCACAAUAGGACAUUUCCAAGAAAAAACACUUCUAAUUCCUUAUUCAUGAAUGGAUGGCUAGGUUUCAGCAGCAAGGACAGGAUGGUAUGCAUAAUGUCAUUGUCA